AUAAAUCAUUGAGAUAAACAUAAACAUUAAAAUCAAUUAAAAAUAAUUUCCAUUCUAUUGUAUAAAUAAGAGAGAUGCUCGUUCUUAUUUCAAUUAGCAACUGAUUGCUAGCUAGGUUUUAAAGAGUGAAAAAUGUUCAACGACGAUAAUUACGUGUUUGGUGACCAAAAUGUGCAAGUGCCAGCACAUUUGAAUUUUGGCAAGUUUCUUUUGGAUCGACUUCGUCUUCAUAAAGAUGAAAUAGCGUUGGAGCUAGGCGAUACACGUGAGAAACUAACAUACAAGGAAUUCACACAAUAUGCCGUCAAUAUGUCCGUGGCUUUGACAAAGCUGGGUGUGGGGCGGGGCGACAUUGUUGCAGUGGGAUCCGAAAAACGCAAUGAAUUCGUCCCGACGGUUCUUGCAAUCGUGUUCACCGGGGCCACGUACACCCCCUAUGAUUUAAAGAGCGGGAGAGCGGCUUUAAAACACAAGAUAAGCUUAACGCGGCCCAAAUAUUUCGUUUGCUCAAAUCACUUUUGGAACACCUACAGUGACAUACUAAAGAGCUUUGAUUGCAUUGAGAAGUUCGUAACACUGGACGAUGGCACGGAAUCAGUAAUUUCCAUCAGAACUUUGGUCACGGAUGAUGCUGACGUAAAUAAGUUUGAGCCGGUGCAAGUUCAGGGACAGUCUGACAUCGCCUUCAUUUUGUAUUCCUCCGGCACCACGGGCAUGCCAAAAGGCGUACAACUGACACAUUUAAAUUGCAUCCUCAAUAGUCUGCCUGAUGAUUUCAGCGACGAGUCUCUAAAAACAGCGUUUCUCUUCGGAGAAUGGUAUCAUAAUUACGACACUUUUAUGACUUACAAAUUUUUACUUCUUGGAAGAAAAAUUGUGUACAUUAAUGAAGCAGAACCUGUUACUUUCCUGAAAACUGUGCAAGACUGUGACGUUAACAUAGCCUUUAUAGUACCAUCUUUUGUUUGCUACCUAUCAAAGGCGAAGGAAGCAGAAAAAUGUAAUCUCGAUUCACUCAAAAUUAUAUACUCUCGUUCAUCGCCUCUUCAUAACAAGACGAUACAAGAGGUCAAAUCAAGAUUUCCCAAGCUAAAAAAUAUUCUACAAGGUUAUGGAAUGACCGAGGCUGGGGAGUUGACCUCAGAGAGCUGGGGUACAAAAGGUCCUAAGUCUGGAAGCGUCGGAAUGGCUUCCCCUGGCAUUACUUUAAAGGUCGUGGACCCAGAAACCCGUAAAACUGUGGGUCCCAAACAACGCGGCGAAAUAUGUUUGAGGGGCCCAGUCUUCAUGAAGGGUUACAUUGGGGUCCCACCUUCAGAAUACUUGGAUGAAGAUGGCUUCUUCAAAACCGGAGACUUGGGUUACUAUGAUGAAGACAAGUACUUUUAUAUCGUCGAGAGAAUCAAGGAGAUUAUUGUGUAUGACGGUUAUAAGAUAGCACCAUUGGAACUGGAAACUAUUCUCCAAUUGCACCCAGCAGUGAAAGAAGCCGGCGUGGUGGGCAAACCGGUGCCUGUCUAUGGAGAAGAACCAUCAGCCUUCAUAGUUAAACAAAAUGGCGUCGAUGUUACUGAACAGGAGUUGAUAGAUUAUGUGUCCACAGAGGUGCCACCAUUUAUGCAAUUAAGGGGCGGCGUAAGGUUCAUUGAAGAAAUGCCGAGGAAUCCCAGGGGGAAGAUUAUACGCCAACGGUUGAGGGAAAUGCUCAAAUAAAUUGUUUACCGCAUUAUACAUACACGUACCUAUCUUUCGUCUAUAUAUUAUGUUCUAAAUAAAGAAAAUUUACUUAAA